CUAUGCUGUUGUGCGGCAGACAUACGCGUUAUUCGAUAACAGAACAGUUAUCACGGUCGGCGAACGACGCCAACAGCAGUAGCGAAAGAUAGGUACGCGAUCCGUCCCCUGAGAAUAUUUUUUCAGGGCUAAUCUAUAGAGAAAUCUAUGAUGUGUGAAAUAUGUCUAAUAGCUGCGAAUAUACGUUUUAAUUGGACAUCUUUAGGCAAAAAAUGGAGAAGGCUGAAAAUUGGCAAAGCAAAUACUGUCUAGAGUCUAAACAACAUCCUCAGCAGACUACUAUUGCACUGUGCUCGUUUAUGGAGCAGCAGAACUUCGUGGAUGUAGCCAUUUGCUGCGAAAAAAGGGUUCUACACGUUCAUAAAGUGGUUCUGGCUGCUAACAGUGCCUUGUUUAAGGAAGAACUGGAUAAAAAUUCAUCUGUCGACCAUGUGGUGAUCACAGGAUGUGAGUUUUCUGUGGUGAAAUCCUUAGUGGAGUUCAUGUACUGUGGAUCGACUAUUGUAUCAGAUGAACAUCUCAAUAUUUAG